AUAAAAUGAGCACAAAGAAAACUAAGAAGAAGGGCAAGGAUAAGAAGAAAGUUGCUACUGAAGAGACGCCACCUCCUGAUGAGGUUACUGCUGAAGAGGAUAAACCUAAUUACUUGAUCAUCGCUCAUACAGAUUCAACUCCUUUCUGCCCUAUUGAGGAUAUUGAUGGCAACCUCUUUGUUGUAGUCAUAAAUGGAGAUAUUUAUCAGGUUUUGGAAGAUAAACUUGAGCAUGCCUUUUCUACCAAUGGCCAACCUACUUCUAUUGUGUUUGAUCAACAAGGGAGCUCAUUUAUAGCAGAUACAGCACAUCAAGCAAUCUUAAGCCAGACUAUGAAUGAGCACAGGAUGGAAACGAGCCCUGUUAUUAAAGAUUAUGAAGGUAAUGCUUUAAAAGGCCCUCACUCAAUGAUUCUCUCAGAAAAACAAAACGCAUUGUUUUUCACAGACUCUGGUCCAUUCGGAGAAUCCAGCUUAGAAAAUCCUUGAGGAAGUAUCUUUGCGAUAGACUUAUCAGAGUCUAUCUUGAAAAAAAUCCAAUACAACAGUCUGGCAGCUCCCACUGGUCUCUGAGUAAACUUAGCAGAGGAUGUUCUUUAUGUGUCUGAGACAUGUGAAAAUAGGCUACUUAAAGUAGUUCUUAAUGAUACAGGUUCAAUCGAGAAAGGGGAGCAAUAUCACACAAGUGUAUUCAAGCAGUUCUCUGGCAGAUUCGGACCUACUGCAAUCGCAGUGAAUCAUGAUGGAUUCAUCUAUGUCGCCAGAUUCGAGUUCGCAACCAUCUGAGAUUAUGGAUUAAUCUCAAUCCUCAACGAGAAAGGAGAGAUUGAGGAUGAAAUUAUCUUACCAAAGUUGCCCGAAAUCACUGGAUUAUAUUUCUCAAAAGAGAAGGAAAAUAUUCUGUACAUCACUGAGUCAAGCAACAACGUUAUUGCCAGCUAUUCGCUUGAAUAAAUUUCAAAAUUCUCAAUA